AAACCCGCGCUGGGAUGUGAGUUGGUUUUUGAGCGCAGAAACGUCGUGUUCGGUUCUCUUCCGAGUGAUGCUUUUUCUCCCCCUCUCUCUAGGUACGGCUUCGUCGAGUUCGACGAUCUGCGAGACGCGGACGAUGCUGUUUAUGAGCUAAAUGGUAAAGAUCUUUGUGGGGAGAGAGUGAUCGUCGAGCAUGCCAGAGGCCCACGGCGUGACAGCAGUUACGGUUCUGGACGCAGUGGAUAUGGUUAUAGAAGAAGCGGAAGAGAUAAGUACGGUCCUCCUACCCGUACAGAAUACAGAUUGAUUGUGGAAAAUUUGUCGAGCCGCUGCAGUUGGCAAGAUCUUAAGGAUUAUAUGCGUCAGGCAGGGGAGGUGACAUAUGCAGAUGCACACAAAGGAAGGAAAAAUGAAGGUGUGAUUGAGUUCAAAUCCUAUUCUGACAUGAAAAGAGCCCUUGAAAAGCUGGACGGGACAGAAGUAAAUGGCAGAAAGAUUAGAUUAGUGGAAGACAGACCUGGAUCGAGACGGCGCCGCUCCUACUCCAGAAGCCGAAGCCAUUCGAGGUCCCGCUCUCGAAGCAGACAUUCGCAUAAGAGCAGGAGCCGCAGUGCCAGUAGUAGCCGCUCCAAGAGUAGAUCAAGAUCCAGGUCUGUGUCCCGUUCCAGAAGCAAGAGCCGUAGUCGAAGCAAGAGCCGUAGCAGAGGCCAAAAAGAGAAAAGCAGGACUCCGAGUAAAGAGGAUAAAAGUAGGAGCCGCAGCAGGAGUGCAGAGAAAUCCCGAAACAAAAGCAAAGAUAAAUCUGAGGGCACUCUCCAUAACAAUGAUGAGAGAGCAAAGAGCAGGAGCCGCAGCAAGGAAAAGAGUAGGAGCAGGAGUGGGAGUAAGGACCGGGGAGAGCCGAGGGAGAGCAUGAGGAGUAGGAGCAAGGAGAAGAGUAGAAGCAAAGACAGGGAGAAGAGCAUUAGCAAGGCUAGGAGCAGGAGCAAGAGCAGGGAUGAGAGCAGGAGCAGGAGCCGCAGUAAGGAUAAAAGGAAAAGUAGGAAGAGAAGCAGGGAUGACAGCAGGAGUAGGAGCAGGAGCCGCAGCAAGAGUGAGAAAAGCAAGCGGCGCAGCAAGCGAGACAGCAAACCGAGUAGCAAGAAGAAAAGGAAGGACAGCCACGAGCGGUCUAGGUCGGCCUCCAAGGAAAAGGAGCAUCUAAAACCAGAGUCUGACAAGAAGGAGGCAAAAAGUGAGGGUGAGGAUGCAGCCGCGUGGCAGGCGUCUCGCUCCAGGUCUAGGUCGAUUUCCAAGCCCAAACCAAAUGUCAAGGCAGAUUCUCGUUCCAGGUCUAAAUCGGUUUCAAAGCCUAGGUCCCGCUCCAAGUCUAGAUCUAGGUCUCCCUCUAGGUCACACUCCCGAUCGCAGUCAAGGUCUCGCUCCAGAUCGUAA